AUGUCUUCCUGCGCGAACCCUGGAUUGUCGCAUCGUGGAGUGCUCCACGAAUACGCCCCCAGGCUUGUAGCCUUUGAAUUCACCUCCCCCGCCAAGGCCAGCAGCAAGUCAAAUAGCUUGAUCUUUGUGGGCGGUUUGACAGAUGGAUUUUGUACAGUCCCUUAUGUUUCGAAGCUCGCAGAAGCUCUGGAGGAGACUGAUUGGUCGCUGUUUUCCAUCCUGUUGACCUCUUCGUACAAUGGCUUCGGAACCAGCAGUCUCGACCGAGAUGUAGAGGAAAUCGGCAAAUGUGUGCAGUUCAUCCGAAACCUCAAGGCCGAUCGACUCUCUGGAGCGCCCUCGGCGUCUGGCAAGAUCGUGGUCAUGGGUCACUCGACGGGCAGCCAGGAUGUUCUCCACUACCUGCACUCGCCCAACCCUCUUCCCAAGACGGAAUUUGAUAUUGGGCUUCAGUAUUUGGUUCGCCCUGAAUUGGACGGCGCUAUCAUGCAAGCCCCUGUCUCCGACCGCGAGGCCAUCCUUGCUAUCAUGAAGUUCGCCAAGAAUCCAAAUGAGGUGCGAGGUGCCUACGAUCAGCUCGUGAGCGCUGCCAAGACACAGCCAUGGACUCACGACCAGAUGGAUUCCAUUCUUCCGCUGAACAUGACCGCAAAGCUUGGUCUGCCGGCUGAUGCGCCGCUCAGUGCUCGCAGAUUCCUGAGUCUGACCAGUCCGGACAGCCCAGCACUUCCGUCCCAGGAUGACCUCUUCAGCUCUGAUCUGAGCGAUAAACGCCAUCAGGAAACGUUUGGUGCGAUUGGGUCUCGAGGCAUUCUGCGAUCGAAGCUAUGUGUUCUGUACUCUGGCAGCGAUGAGUAUUGCCCGCCGUGGGUCGACAAGGAGAAUUUGAUGGAAAGAUGGAAGCAGGCCACCGAGGCCGGGGGUGCAAAGUGGGACGGGGAGACCAGUGGCGUCGUUCCUGGUGCCAGUCACAAUAUUGACGGCGAAGGCCAGAAGGACCUGGUGGACCGUGUCCUCCGGUAUCUGAAGAAUCUCUGA